UUGUUGUUAAUAUCUUAAAAGCACAUUUGGAAUCUUCUUUUCUCUCUCUUGGUCACACUCUCACUCCACUCACUUAAUUACAGAAAUAGGGUACAAGAUACAACCAACCGAACCAUAGUAGCAACAAUAGUAUGCAUAUAAACUUGUUCCAUUUAUUUCAGCAAGCGUACCAAACAUUUUCCCGAGUACACCUACCUAACGUUCAACUCUUGCAAGUGAAGUGAGAAAAUUGAAUAAUUGAUUCGUUUAGGGAUGGAGGGAUUAGGAGGACUGGGCCACCUUUUUGUGACAAUGUUUGUGUCGGGGUUUGGUGGUGUCAUAGUUCUUCCGGCAAUCACCGACGUUACCAUGGCAGCACUUUGCCCUGGUCAAGAUCAGUGUUCCCUUGCCAUUUACCUCUCUGGCUUCCAACAAGCUAUGGCUGGAGUGGGGUCAGUGGUGAUGACACCAUUAAUAGGAAACUUGUCCGACCGAUAUGGCAGAAAAGCGUUGCUCACACUUCCUCUCACUGUGUCUGUCAUUCCUCAAGUGAUAUUGGCAUAUAGCAGGGAUACCCAAUUCUUCUACGCGUACUAUGUGGUGAAAACUCUGGCUGCCAUGGCAGGCGAAGGGUCCUUCCACUGCCUGGCUCUUGCAUACGUGGCAGACAAGGUUCCAGAUGGGAAACGAACAUCAGCAUUUGGAAUACUUGCUGGUGUUGGAUCAGCAUCAUUCGUUGGUGGAACAUUAGCUGCUCGUUUCCUAUCCACUGCUUUAACAUUUCAGGUUGCUUCAGUCUUGUCAAUGGUUGCAUUGGUGUACAUGAGAAUUUUCCUUAAGGAUAGUGUGCCUGGUGGUGCCUUGAGACAGCCAUUAUUGAAAGAGGUCGAGGAACCUUGUGAUGAGGAUGAUUCAUCACCAAGGGCAACAGGAACAUUUAAGAAACUUCCAUCGCUGGGGGAUUUGAUUUGUUUGCUCAGGUGUAGUCCCACAUUCUCCCAAGCAGCCAUGGUUUCGUUCUUCAAUAGUCUUGCAGAUGGUGGCUUGAUGGCUGUAUUGCUGUAUUAUUUGAAGGCACGUUUUCAAUUCAACAAGAACCAGUUUGCUGAUUUGUUGAUGAUUACUGGGAUUGGAGCCACUCUUGCACAACUAUUUUUCAUGCCCAUUUUAGUGCCUGUGAUAGGAGAGGAGAAGCUGCUCUCCACAGGGCUCUUAAUUAGCUGCAUAAAUGUCUUUGUCUACAGCAUAGCAUGGACAGCAUGGGUUCCUUAUGCUCUAGCAGGUUGCUCUGUGUUUGCAGUUUUUGUGCGCCCAAGUUUAUGCAGCAUUGCAUCAAAACAAGUUGGACCUACUGAACAGGGAAUGGUUCAAGGAUGUCUUUCAGCAAUUAGUUCCUUCGCCAACAUCAUUGCUCCAUUAAUUUUCAGUCCACUGACAGCCUUGUUCCUGUCAGAAGAAGCACCGUUUUAUUUUCCUGGCUUCAGUCUAAUGUGCCUUGGGCUAGCACUGAUGGUAGCAUUUUUUCAGAGUCUAAUAAUUCGUGCUGUUCCUCCUAUUGCGGGUGGCAAAAUUAGCAGUAACCGCUGCACGGAUACCUUGGUCUGAGGAGACUAGAGUGUUCCAGGCAAUAGACAUAAUCUCUUUAAGUUUCAUUUUGCCUUGGCGAAAUUGUGGUUCAUUGCAUAUCAGACAAUAAAUUAAAAAGAUAGCAAAAGGAAUCGCACUGUAAGUGUAGAUUCUAGGGUCGACAUAUAUGCUUUGGCACUUGGAGAUAUAGAGCACCAAAUAGCAAAACACAGAAAAUAGAACGUGAAGUUGGUUCUGAAAAAUAAUAAUCAGGUGAACCAACUGCAGAAGCACAGAUUUCUUUGCAAUUAUGAAUUGGAAAUGUGGCAUAUGUUUAUGAAUCAUUGGGUCUCACCUGUUACAUAUUAGCCAUUCAAACAUUGCAACAUUAACCAAUGUAUGUAAAUACACCCAUUGGGUAGCUAUGCUGCUUACAUUUCUAGCUAGUAUAUUUUUCCCAAGUUUCUUUGGGUAGUCAUUGGUCAAGGACUUUGUGAUUUUUAUAUUUUAUGUAAUGGAUGGUUGAGUUUUGAAGUAUAUGAAUUUGAACCCUGUAAUGCAACAAUGAUUGAUUUUACUA